AUGGUCAAGGAUUUUCACAUGGGCGACGGCAACAAUGCUUCCUUCUAUGCUGGUGUUUUGAUUUCGGCAUUUUCGCUCGCUGAGGCUUUGACUGGCAUGUUCUGGGGUGGUCUCUCCGACCGCCUGGGACGGAAGCCGAUUCUUUUGUCUGGCUCCAUGGGCACCAUGGUCUCUUUGAUCUUGGUCGGGUUAGCUCCUAAUUUCUGGGUCGCUGUCGCUGGUCGAGCCCUUGGUGGAGCCCUGAAUGGAAACAUCGGGGUAAUCCAGACGAUGGUCGGUGAGCUUGUGAAGCGACCUGAGCAUGAGCCUAUUGGAGGCUUAUGUGCAAGACCCGCUGAAGGGUUUCCCUCGUUAUUUCCGGCUGAUGGUCUCUUUGGGAAGUUCCCCUAUCUUCUGCCCAACCUUGUUUGCUCUAUUCUACUUCUCCUAAGCAUCAUCAGCAGCUGGCUGCUCCUCGAGGAAACCCAUCCAGACAUGCAGCCGGGAAUAUUCCAUGAGCAUUCUGACCACGCAGCGGAGCAUGCGCAUUUGGUAACAUCCGGCGCAACCGCAAAUGCUAGCGCGGACCUGCGAGCGGAGUCGUACGGGACUUUCAAUCAAGUCCACCUGCACACUGAUGAGAGUUGGAACGUGCAAUUCGAUGGUUCGUCCCCAGCGUGGAAGAAAACACCGAAACCCAAGGCUUUCACUUGGCGUGUCACCAUGUUUGUGAUCGCGCUGGCUAUCUUUACUUAUCACUCGAUGACAUAUGACCAUCUGUUGCCAAUUUUCUUGCAGGAUACGAAGUUGGGAGACUUUCCAAGCUCAAACCACUCACUUCUCAAUAUUCCAGGCGGCGUUGGUCUUUCGACUCGAACUGUGGGUGUGAUCAUGUCUACUGAUGGUAUCAUCGCUCUUGUGAUACAAAGUAUCGUUUUUCCCGUGCUGGCCCAUUAUCUGGGAAUUUGGCGGCUUUUCAUCGUCGUUACGGUACUUCAUCCAAUUGCGUACUUCAUGGUUCCGUUUCUGGUCUUUCUGUCGGGCCCCCUCGUUUAUAUCGGUAUAUUCACUUGCUUAAUCGUUCGCAACACCCUGUCCAUCAUCGACUAUCCUAUCCUUUUGAUUCUUAUCAAGCAAGCUAGUCCCUCAGCUUCUGUCAUGGGCAAAAUAAACGGCUUCGCUGCUUCCGCGGGAGCUGCAUCCAGGACUCUCGCUCCUCCAAUUGCUGGUUUGCUUUAUAGUACUGGGGCGAAGAUUGGAUGCACCGCUCUUGCCUGGUGGGGGAGUAGUCUCGUUGCUUUGAUUGGGACUUUACAACUGUGGUUUAUCCAGCGCAACAUACACACCACAGCAAGCGUUAGUUCUGCGGCAGCGUUUCCUUACGUUGCUGUGCCAGAGCAGCAUCACAAUGAUGUUGUCCAUAUCAUUGUCAGUGGUGAAGAUGAAGCACAUGCUGGGACAGAUGCAGUGUCGCAUUAA